CAGGUGGUGCUGGCUGUGACCCUCGCUGGUGUGUAGCUGCACCAUUCCACAGUGCUCCUGGGGACAUGGAUGUGUGUGCAGCUGGGACAAGCAGAUAUAAAAUGCCCCAUCACAGAGUGCAGCGAACACCUGGAUGAAACAACUGUCCUCUAUAACCUACCCCACGACGACAUCAUCAAGUAUAAAUACUUCCUGGAACUCAGCCGCAUCGACUCCAGCACCAAGCCAUGCCCUCAGUGCAAGCACUUUACAACCUUCCGGAGGAGAGGCCACAUUCCUACCCCUGCCAAAUUGGAGAACAAAUACAAAAUCCAGUGUCCAUCUUGCCAAUUUGUCUGGUGUUUCAAGUGCCACUCUCCCUGGCAUGAAGGCGUUAACUGCAAAGAAUACAAGAAGGGAGACAAGCUGUUACGUCACUGGGCCAACGAAAUCGAACACGGGCAGAGGAAUGCCCAGAAGUGUCCAAAAUGCAAGAUCCACAUCCAGAGAACCGAAGGGUGUGACCACAUGACCUGUUCACAGUGUAACACUAAUUUCUGUUACCGUUGUGGGGAGAGAUACCGCCAGCUCCGCUUCUUUGGAGAUCACACGUCAAACCUCAGUAUCUUUGGAUGCAAAUACCGCUACCUCCCCGAGAGACCACACUUAAGGAGAUUAGUGCGAGGCUCUGUCUGCGCUGGAAAACUACUCAUUACACCCCUAAUAUUGGUUCUGGGACUGGCACUGGGAGCUGUAGCUGUUGUAAUAGGUUUAUUUGUGUUUCCUAUCUAUUGCCUUUGUAAAAAGCAGAGGAAAAGGUCACGGACAGGUAUGCCCUGGUGAGGACGGACGUUACUCGCCUGAACUGAGCUGGUCCUGCAAGGGCUAUCCGUGUUCUGUGUGACAGAGCAAUACAGUGCUGGUUACAGCAUCAAAGCCACCGCCCUGGAAGAGGAAUGGGGGCUCUCCUGCCAUCUUCCCUCAGCCGAAAACACUACUGCAGACCAGAAAGCCUCUUUGCUCUGGUGCGCCCUCAACAAGAUGGGCCCCUUGACUGCUGCUUUUGAAAUGUCUUUUGGUUUGGGGUUUUUUUAGUUAUGACUUUGGAAGGUUUUUUUUUGAGUCUAAGUUUCUGAACCAGACAAUCCGAGUCUGUAUUGUAGCCACAACUCUACUACCGAUUUGGCCUGUGAAGAAAGCAUUUAACUGCUAACAUGUGCUCGUUUAACUUCAGCGCCGGCCUUUAAGGUGGAAAUGCUUACAAGUGUGUUCGGACUCUUACUGUGUACUGAGCAUACUACUUUUGGUAUUAAAAGCUACUCCUGUAAAUAACUUCCAUCACACAGCAUUCUGUUCAGCAUACUGAAACCCCGUCACAUGCCAGAGCACGACAGCUGGUUGUCUUCUGAGUGCUCCUGCUCGAGGAGUGCGCAUUGCCACCGCCAAACUGCAGUGCCUCAGGGGGAAAUACCCUUAGUGCUGAAGCGCCCUGAUACUUCAGAAUAUGGUCAUUGGUUUCACUUCAGUAAUUUAUUUAUGACAGUCUGUUAAUAUUAAUGGCAGGGGGUGUGACAAGAUUUGUUACAACAGGACUUCAUUUUUGAAUUGUCACAGUGCAGAAAAAAUUUGAAGGGUUUAGAUAACAAGAUGUGUCAGUAACCCAAUCUGUCCCGAGAUAUCCCUGAAAUGUGUUUGCAGGGAAGCUGGAAACCUGCUCUUUUGUUCUGACUUGGAAUGUGAUAGACAUGCUGCACACUACCUGUGUGAGGAUUGACUUGUUGAAAUUUUAUAAACUAAAUAGCACAUUUUGUUUGUUUGUUCCUUUGAGUAGGCUACUACUACGUAAGUCUUGGAGUAUCCUCUGAUGUCUCAUGAGGAAAAUCUGUGAAUCCAGGGUAAGGGAAGCAAUCGUAAAUUCUUAGGAGACCACUUCAUUCUAGCUUUCUGCUUCCAGUGUUUCUCUUCCUGGCACAUGACAGUUCUGAAGAGAAUAGCUAUCUUUGCUCUUUUUUUUCUUAAUUUCCACUGUUUGCUACCAAACCUCUUUCUCAGUGCAUCGCAACAAAGGCAAUGUAAUUCAGCAUAAGGAAUCAGUUACUGAGAAUUUUUACGCUUUUAAUUUUAAUCCAAAUUUGUCAUACAAAUAUAACUUAAAAAACUAGAGUAACUGUGUUUAGACAGAACACUGAAACAAUAAAGAAAGCUGAAUAAGAAAAAUAACUACUUCAUACUGUAAAAAUACAGGCUAAUCUUAACGACGAUUGGAUUUGUACUGUGAAGGUAAUUAUUUUCAGUGUGUGUGAAGAUACACAUGUAUUUAUAUGUAUGUUUGUGUAUAUGUGGGGAAAGGGGAAGCAGGAAGAUGGGAAAUACCCUUAAGAGUCUACUGACUUCAAAAAUUAGGCUUGCAAAUGGCAUAUCAUUUAAGAGGAUGUACUUUAUACCACUUGCUUUGAAAAUUGUUGUUAAAUCUGAAUCCAGUUGUAAUUUUCAAGCAAAUAGUGCUCUGCCCCACCAACAUAGUACUGUUAUAAGAUACUUUGACUUCGAAGCCUCAGUGGAAGAAGCUGAUGACUUUUGUUUACCUGGAAACACAAAUAUCAGCUUACCAUAGCUGACUAGUAUGCUUAUUUUCUGUCAGCUUCUAGUUUUGUUUUCUUGCAGUUUUUUUCUUCAAGCACACCAUUGUAGUCGAUAACUAUUUAAUUUCCAUUUGAAUUUAAGGGCAUGUUGACCCUGUUACCCUAGUAGUAAAAAAAGUACUUUUCGAAGAUUUGCAAAUUAACGAGGGUAGCAAUGAUAUUUAGAAAUAAAAUUCAAAACCUAUUGUCAAUGCAAAUUCACCUGUUAUUUAGACUUACUUUCUUCUGAGACACAUCAGUUUUCUAUUUGUGUUAUGUCUGAAGUUGGAAGCUGCCUUAAAAUUGGUCUUGGUUUUGAGUGUGUUUUCUGAGGCUAUACAUAUCAGUUGUCUUUGGCUUACUCAGGGAUUUUUAUUCCUCUCUUUAAAUGUCAAAUAAUGAAGAUAUUUUUGUAUUAUUUAGAAAAACCUUCAGACCUCAGAGGGUGAGAUAUAUAUAGAUAGAUUUGGGUUUGCAGUGCAGUCUAUAACUUGGUGUCAAACUAUUCCACUUGAGAAUAUUUUAGUACUUGAGAUUAUCUGUAAUAACUACACAGUGGAUUUAUUUCCUUUCUUUUCCUGGUUCUGUAUAAAUGUAUCACAUAUUCCUAUGGUCUUUGUAGCUGUUUUCACUCUGCCAUGUUUGCAAUUUUCAGUUUUUUUAACUAGAGUUCAGUAAGAUCUGAAACUAAGAUACUAGAUUAAAGAACAUAAAAUGGAAGAUAAUAGAUCUGCACUUACUUCUAUUCAGAAAGUAUGUCCUUGUGGAUGGAGAAAAGGAACAUACGACUCAGCUCCUACAUUAUCAUUUCAUCUAGGCCAUUUUGAUUUUAUCAGAACAGAUAAAAUCAAAGGGAAAUGGUUCUUCAUUUUCUAUACAGGGCUAAAAGAGAAAUAUUUGACCUUGUAAAGAUGAGUGAGUUUGUGCUUUUUCUGUAGGGCAAAAAAAAAAAAGGAAUUACAAUAAUUUUUUCUUUUCUGUAGAACAGGAUAAAUGUUCAAGAACCAGGCAGAAUAGGGGUGUGGAAGUCUUUUUCCAUCUGCAUAAAAAUAUUCCCACUUGAAAAGUACAUAAAUACAAUUUUUAUCAAUAUUAUAUACAUAACCUACUAAAGCAUGAGAAGUAGCUCAGUACAAAGCUUCAUUUGGUAGAACAUUAGCUUUUAAGCAACUCAUCACAGCAAACCUUGUAUACAUCAAAGCCACAUCAUUUGUUUUAGAAGCAUUAAUUUAUUCAUUUGAAAGAAACUGAAUGGACUUCAUAAGGAAAUUAUGUUAAUGCAUUGUAUUUUUUGUAACUACUCUAAAGAAACCAUUAGGCUGUUCUGCUCCAUCUUUAUUAGCAGAAAUCUUCAUCAGGCAGCUAUAUUAACCUGCUAAGGCAGAUUUCACACUACUGUAUGCUGAUCAUCACUGGUUGUUGUGUUUGCUUUCACGACAGUUAAUAUUUAAGAUUAUUUAUCUUUGUGCAAGGUUGUUGCUCGUCCGUACCUGUGUCCAGACUAGGAAAUGCUGAAAUCCGUUCUCCACUAGCCUUCUGUUCCAAGCUUUCCUGGGGCUGGAUUUGCUGUGGGCUCAGCCCAGCGUGCAGGUGUGCAGUCAGAGCUGGGGCUCUCCCCGUGGUGCUGUGGCUGUGUGUGCCCCAUCCUGCUCCUGCCGGGAGGGCUGGCUGGACACGC